AAGAGACACCGCGGAGAUACAGAGGCACUGCUACCACAAGACCUCCCUGUUUGAUGCCAAGCUGCACGAUAAGCCCCAAAGGAAUCAUGUCUGUGCCCAAGAAAGCAGGAAGAAAAAACGGUGCUGUGGCAGAAGAAAUGCUGCCGCCAUAUGAGCCCAACGUCCCUGAACCGACCACCAGGGCUGAUUACAUGAAAUAUUGGCUCGAUCUCUCUCUGGAUGACAAAACUGCGCAGAAACUGUUGUGGAUUUCAGAGGGUGCGUCUAAAGUGGCUCGUACGACUGAUGCCAUCUGCCCUUACCCUAACAGGCCUGAGAGAUAUGAACACUCACCACAGGUGCUGUGUAAGCAGAAUCUGCUCGGCAAUCGCGGGUAUUGGGAGGUGGACUUCGAAGGAUGGGUGGUUAUUGGGAUGGUCUGUGAGAGCGCACCCCGUAAGGGCCAGGAGGGGGCCUGUGGUCUUGGAGAGAACAGCGGCUCCUGGGGUGUGGGCUGGUCUGGGUCCUGCUACCAGGUCUGGCACAGUGGAGAGAAUGUGGAUGUCCAGCUCCCCGACUCGUCCACCAUAGGAAUGUACGUUGACCAGCCUGCAGGCAUCAUCCAGUUCCUCUUGGUGGUGGGAGAAGGUGAGAAGGAAGUGCGCGAGAUUCACAAGUUCAAGUUCGACAGCCAGGAGAAGAUUUUUCCCGGGUUCUGGAUUGGCACAAAGUCCAAUUUGCUUAUUCGAAAAAAGGAUCAGUGAUGAGAGGGGGGUAAAGCCUGCAAUCGGGGGGGGGGCGCUAUCAAGUAGUGUACAUUUAAGAAGGUGUCAAGAAUGAGGUAAAGUUAGUGAUGUUUGGGGAACAAGUGUCAAAAUUGUAGGUCAGAACCAAAACAUGCCAUAAAAUCUUUGUAGCUUGUGUUUGCUUUCUCUGGAGCAUUAAGUACAUAAUAUAUCCAAAUGGGCCUAAUUAUUUUAUUGACAGUGUGUUUAUUUAUACAUUUUAUUUACUUUAUGUAGAAAGUACGCAAAGUUGAGUGUUUUUAAUAGUACAAGGUGCUAUGCAUGUUUGAGUGCAGCCUAUGUAUUUUUUUUUUUUUUUAAGUGUUAAAUGUGGUCAAUAAAUGCAACUGUUGGAAAAUUA